GACGUGACGUCACUGUUCCUGUCAACCCUUGGCGGCAGCAGCACCUGGGUCCACGUCCACGCCCACCUGCACAUCCCGAGGUGGCAUAGCCCAUGGGCAAUCUCAUCAAUCAGCAUCUGCAAGCCGACGACUCAGUGGAGGACACUAUCACCCACAUGCUACGAUACAUCCACCUUCAACCAGCCCUACAGAAUACGGAAUACACAACACCCAAUACGCCAUACUCGACGAAAGGUUGCGAUACAGCCGCUCUUCUAGACUUGAGGUUCCCUUCAGCUUGCCGUUAUGUGAGGAGCAUGACUUGACAACACCAAACUUCCUCCCCAAGCAACGAUGGAUGGAAUCGGCGCCUCAGCCCUAGGAGAUGAUCCUCCGUCGAGGUUGUUCGAGAGACUCCACCAGAUUCCCGGCUAUACGUGGAGUGAGACCAAGCUGUUCCAUACAAGUUAUGAUAACUGGUGAGUGGCCGCCUUUCCCCCCCUUCUUCGUGAGGGCGAUGCCGAUGGCAUAGAUGAUAUUGGGUUGCUGAUCUUCACAAUGUGCCCAUACAGGCAAAUCUUUGGCACCAAAAUCCCGCAGCCCCAAGCCCCACACGGGGAAAAGAUCCCGCAGACGAAACGUCGCUCCCUCCAAGCUACCCAGCUCCAGAGUCACGGUCACAGCCAGCAAAUCCCACAUGAUGUCUCUGCCACCGUUGCGGCUCCCGUUGCGGCGAGCGAAAGUGGUAGCGAAACAGAUACUGGGCGUGGUAGCACCCUCGAAGAAGCUGCACCCAUAGAUAUCAUAGCGCGCAUUUCUACCCACGCACUGCGCGAGGAAAGAACAGAUUACAUUUGUAAGAAAUUGGUGCAAUCGGUGGAUCCAGAUGGAGAACAUAUUGUGAAGCCACUAGACAUGCUGCGUCUGGCGAGUCUGCAGGGUGAUAAGGGGCCAAUCAUAGUCACAAUAUUUGUGAGACCUGGCUCCAAUUACCUGUCGAGGGUGAUCGAUUAUGGACCAGCGUGGUACAGGGGAAAGAAUAACAAUGGAGAGGUAGUGCCAUAUUUGGAUGAUGUGGUGGAGUUGGAGACGAUUCCGCUGCAGAAGUUCAUGGAUUUUGCCAUUGGUGCUACUGAAUGCAUUGAGAUACUUCAUCACAAGCAACGGAUCGUCCAUGGUGAAAUUCGAGGAGACGCCUUUCACAUGAGCGAAGAAACCGGCAUGGUCAGGCUGAUGACCUUUGGAUCUGGAUUGCGGACUUUUGAACAUGGUCUGACAAGUUCCGGCUGGUCUGCCCUUUCCAAAGAAGUGGGUGCCAAAAAUAAGCUAUCUUUUAUGAGUCCUGAACAAACUGGACGUAUGCCAGCUGAACCGGAUUCAAGAACCGACAUAUAUUCGUUGGGCAUUCUCUUUUGGACUAUACUCACGCAGCAACCGGCUUUCCAGGGCGAGACUCCGAUGGAUAUCAUUCAAGGAGUCCUUGGGAAACGUUUGCCUUCGGUGUCAACAGUAAGACUUGACAUUCCAGAUGUCAUUAGCAGGAUCAUCCAGAAGAUGACUGCAAAAAUCAUUGGAGACCGAUAUCACUCUGCAAGUGGAUUACGGCAUGAUCUUUUACAGGUCCAAACCCUUUUGAGUGCCGGCAACUCGGAGGCUCUUCAAAAUAUGGAAAUCGCCAAGAAGGAUAUUUCCUCAUUUUUCAUUCUACCCACAGUUAUGAUUGGCCGUUCAGAGGAAUACAACGAUGUGGUGAAGAUAAUUGACAAAGUCUCAGAGCGGCACCUGGCGGGACAAAAGCGAGAUGUUUACAGUCUAUCUUCUAACUCCAGUUUCUCUGACGGGCGUGUUGACAACCUUGAGACAGCAUUCAUUGAAGUAUCUAGCGAAGAUGCCGGAAGUUCUUUGGACAGCCCCAUCUGGAAGCCGAGUUCUUCGGGCGCCAAUGGAGCCUUGUCUGGUGAUCCUCGAUCCAACAAGAGCAAAUUCAAUAUGGGACGUUCGGGCGCGAACUCGCUACAAAGUUCUCUUGAAGGAGCUGAACAAAUUUCCUUGGAAAGUGGAUCAAACCAUGUUCGUUCAAUCACGGGCUCGCAGAACAACUCUGUUGAAGAGCCAGGGUCCUCCACUGGGUCUCAUUUUCUCAAACCCCCUUGGCAACAGAACACUUCGUUAUCCUUAGAAUCUAAAAGCUAUAUGGAUAGCAUGAACUCGGAGUCUGGGACCAGGACCAGCGCUGAUAGCGUCGGCAGUUUGACUAACAAGCAAAACAAGCAUAAGUUUCGACGGAAAGGUCGUUGUGAGGUCGUUAGUAUCUCGGGUGGUGAGUUGCGGCCUCUCUAUAACGUUUGGAUUGGAUCUUUUCAAAGCAAAUAAGCUAACUAUGAGGUUUUAGCGACCGGCUUUGGAAAAUCUUGUUUAGUACAAUCUAUCCAAGGUAUGUAUCAUCCCAACAACCCAACACACGAUUGGGGAUGUGAAACCACAGCGAUUCAUCUUGGGAGAACAAAGAAACCAUAAUCCCAUCUCGAGAUUGACUGGCACCCAAGUUCACUGUUCAAGCAUUCGUAUCAACUGAGAGAUCACAGCCGGAGACAAGCGCUAACAUUCUCCUGGACAGUCGAGGCUCGUCGACGGGGAUAUUUUGCAAGCUCCAAAUUUGAUUUGGCCAAAAAGACUCCCUUUGGACCGGUUCUCAAGCUUCUCUCGAGCCUCUUCAAACAGGUCUUUUCCGAGAGCAAUACGGACACGCCUUUCCACCAGCUACUCAAACAUUAUGUUAGACCGGCUUGGCCAAUGCUUCACAAAGCAUUAAGCCUUCCAGAAUUUUUACUUGGUCCACGAAUGACCUCGAGAUCAAAAAACCACUCUGCUAGGCUAUCGCAAAGCUACAACAGUAGCCUGAGGUCAGAAAUAAGAAGACGGGACUCCUCGCCCUCGAGUACUCGUAGUACCACCGGUAGCAUAUACAGUCUUGCCCUUGGCACACAAAGUUCACAAGACUUCUUGCGUGCCGGAUCGUCAACAAAAUCCGUGCGUCUGAUGAAUACCGUCUUGGACGUAUUGAGGGUCUUUACACAGCACAAAUUUAUCUGCUUCUGCUUAGACGAUCUCCAGUUCGCAGAUGAUGAGUCUUUAGAUCUCAUUACCCAGAUCGUAGCUGCUCGUAUGAAGAUGGUUUUAAUGGUGACCUAUCGUCCGGAUGAGGUCCUUCCUGAAAAGAUUCGAGGAAUCAUAGAGCCGCCCGAUGCUGAGGGUAUCAGUUUGAGCACUCCCUUUUCUCCAUUAACCCAAAAUGCUAAUUCUUGCACAGAGUACAUAAAAAAUGCGGGAGUCGGGAUUACAAGGAUUGUAUUGAAACCGCUCACGGAAGAUGAUAUUGUCACGUUCGUCGCUGCCACUCUUUGUUGUCCUAGGGAAGAUGUUCUUCCUUUGGCUGCAGUCAUACAGUCGAAGACUGCUGGGAACCCUUUUUACAUGCGUGAAAUGCUUGACACUUGUCAUAGAAAACAAUGCAUAUGGUACGACUACAAGCAAAGUGCUUGGUGUUUUAGCCUCGAUAAAAUCUUCAAGCAGUUUCAGACGAAAAAUUAUCACGAUACUCUAAAUAGCGAAUUCAUCACCAAUAGAUUAAACGAGCUUCCUCCGGCGUCGAGGGCAAUUCUAGCCUGGGCCGCAAUACUCGGGGCUUCAUUCUCGUUCGAGUUGAUCCAAAGGCUUCUCUGUGGUAAGCAAAGCCCUUUGCCUGAUUCUAGAAUGAGGCGACGUGGUCGCUAUAUAUGAUAGCCGUCCUUGCCCCUUGGAUCUUGUUCAGGGAUUAGACUAACACAUUUGGAGUAGGUGAGUUUGAUUAUGAUGAAAACUCUCCGACAUCAGAGCACUUUGGGUCAUACUCGUUGUCCAACUACACACCACAAGAAGCUAUUGAGGGACUUCAGUCUGCCAUCCAAGCAUAUAUCAUCGUUGCAACACAAGAAGACGAUCGUUUUCGAUUCGCGCACGACCGUUACAGUCACGCAGCACAGUCUCUGGUUGAAUGCAAUGCUCCAAGAAUGCAUUUCAUCAUCGCUCAAACACUUCUCAAGUAUUAUUCUUCGGAGGAGAGAUCUCGUGAUACUACGGCUGCGCACGUAUCGGAGUGCACCAGUAUUAUCAAGCAGCGCAUACUACACAGGCGAUCAUUUCGGAAAGUACUCUUUGACUGUGCUCAGUCUGCUGCGGAAAGUGGCGCUCGGUCCGCUGCUACUGCUUACUACACAUGUUGUUUUGCGCUGUUACAGCCAGACCCAUGGGUGGAUGAUACCUUGGACGUCUAUUACGACGAGACGCUACAGUUAUACACGCGCACUGCCGAAUGUUGUCUCUAUUUGGGCAAAUACAACGAAGCUAAAAGACUGCUGGAAACAGUAUUUUCCAACGCCAAGACCCCCGUCGAUAAAGCUCCUGCCUGGGUCUUGCAAUCCAGAAUUCUAGCUCAGGAGGGUGACUCCCCGGCGGCAUUCCAAGCAUUGAGACAAUGUCUCUCGGCUUUGGACGUUUAUGUGGAUGACGAGCCUAGUUUCGAGAAAUGCGAUAUGGAGUUUGAACGACUUUCAUUCAAAAUCCAGUCUAUGGACGUCGAAUCACUCUUAGCGAAGCAUGAUGGAAAGGACAACAAUCGACACAAUCUCUCUGCGGUUGGAGCUGUUCUUGUUGAGACCACCAGUGCGGCGUUCUGGACAGACACAUUGGUUUUCUACCAGAUGUCUCUUGUAAUGGUGAAUACGCAGCUCACCUGUGGUAUUUUCCCCCAAGCCGGCAUGGGACUCUUGCAUCUUGCGACGAUAGCAAUCAGCCGCUUUAACAUGAUCAAGUUCGCUAGCGAAGUGGGCCAAAUUUCACUUCAAUUGAUGGAGAGAAGCCAAGAUCCGUAUACCAUGGGACGAGGCGGAACCAUCUAUUCCCUCUUCGUGGGUCAUAUUCAUCUCGGAUUGCAGGCCAGUUUAGGGCAGCUUGAUGGGGCCCUGGAACACUGUAUAGCUGCUGGCGACAGAAUUUCCACUAUACUGAAUUUCGGCAUAGUUGCUAGUCUAAAGUUCUUCGCUUCCGAAAACGUAAUUGACCUAGAAAGCUUUUGCCAGUACGGUUGCGAGGAAGUUCAGAAUUGGAAUUUAGACACAAGAGGAGGUACCAUGGCAAUUGCUGUCCAGCAAGUUUGCCGUGCCUUACAAGGAACCACUCGCAUAGACAACGCCACGGAGGUCCUUAGUGAUGAUAAACACGACUCCGUACAUUACAAGGAGUGGUUGAGGAGUGAGGUUAGAUCUAGUGACCGGCCUCUCUUCAUUUAUGAGGCUAUGGAAAUGGUUCCGCUUUUUCUAUACGGUCACUAUGCCAGAGCUAUUGAAUUGGGAAAUCUUGCUAUCGAGAAGAGCGAUUUGAUGUGGUCUGCUCGCAAUACACGCCAUCUUUUCUUCUUCCAGGGUCUAUCAUUGUGCGGGAUGAUGUGGAGCAAACUGCAGAACCCUCUUCGUUCUUUGCCCGAGAAUACACCCUUGACACCACGUAGUCCAGUCAUCGACCAUGGGCCCUCUGAGGAUGCCCUUCACGAAGAGACUGCGGAAGUGAUAGAAAAGGUUAAAUUUUUCAAAAAGAAGAUCAAGGAUUGGCAAGCUGUUAACAACGUCAAUUAUUUUGCCUGGUCUCGCCUGCUAGCUGCCCAGAUUGCUGAGAUGGAGGGUAAUCACGGGAAAGCCCUGACUCAUUAUGACGAAAUGCUGGAUCAUGCUUCCGCCAACGCGUUCACUUUCGAAGAGGCUCUUGGCAAUCAUCUUUAUGCUGGCUUUUUCCUCAGAACGGGCUCCCGUCGCGCUGCCAAAGCUUCGUUACGGGAAGCAGUUCAACUUUAUCGUCAGCUUGGAGCGGUUGGAAUAGCGACAUAUAUAGAGGAUGAACACAGUCUUCUUCUCCAAGGGCCAACCCGAGAUAUGCGAGUUGCAGACGCCGCUUGCCAAACCGAUUUCGCUGGAGACUCAGCCCCUGUACAGUAUCGCACUCUUGAGGGAGACGAAGAUGAUGAUCGCCAGCAAACGCGAGCUUCCAUCACCGAGACUAAGGGAGACCGCAUUGGUGCUUGGCAAGUUUCUUCUCGGCCGGCUGAUGGUGGUGGUAUUGGUUUACCUGCCCUGGAUAUGUUGGAUCUGACGUCAAUCUUGGAAAGCUCUCAAGUUAUCUCUAGCGUGCUACAAGUGGACCAGCUUCUGAAAACCAUGUGUGAAAUUAUCCUGCAAAAUUGUGGUGGCUUGGCGUCUACUGCUGCUAUCGUGGUAGAAGAGGAUGAUCCGACUCCAGGCUGGAGCAUCGCUGCUAGUGGCGAUCCCGACGGCGCUACAGCUCAUAUUCCUGGCAUUCCUUUACGAGAAACAGCUUUGGUGGCUGAGGGCGUCAUUUUGUACUGUACAAGGUUUCGAGAAACCGUUUUUCUGUCCAACAUUCUCCAAGACGAGCGUUUCAGCAAUAUUACAGAUGCUUGGUCAGCUCGUAAUCCCCAAGGCAAGUCGGUGAUUGCGCUACCAAUUGUCCACGGCGAUAAACCUCUAUUGGGUGUUUUGUAUCUCGAGGGAGAGCCUAAUGCCUUUACGGAUCGAAAUCUUACCGUUUUGCAAUUGCUUGUCAAUCAAAUUGGCAUCAGUUACUCUAAUGCCCUCACUCUCAAGGAAGUCAAGAAAGUUUCCGCCUUCAACACAUCUAUGGUUGACAUGCAAAAGACCGCGCUAUCCAAAGCACAAAAAGCUGAAUCCAAGGCCAAAAAGGCAGAAGCGGAAGCACUAACCAGUGUCAAAUUAGCAGAGGAGGCAGCUAAGGCAAAGUCCAUAUUCCUGGCGAACGUUUCUCACGAACUUCGAACCCCUCUCAACGGUGUGAUUGGUAACUCGGAACUGUUGAGAGAUUGCAAUUUGACAAAGGAGCAAGCAGAAAUGGCGGACUCUAUCAGGAUUUCUGCAGAUCUCUUGCUGACCGUUAUCAACGAUAUUCUUGACUUCUCCAAAAUGGAGGCUGAUAAGAUGGAAUUGUGUAUCGAAUCCUUCAAACCAGAUGAGAUGAUUCGCGAAAUCGUUCGUUCAGUCUCAUAUAGCUAUCGCGAUAAAAAGCGACUUAAUGCGAUUGAAAUCUUGCAAGAUAUCAAGCUUCCCAAGCUUUUCAUCUACGGGGAUCCUGUCCGACUGCACCAAGUUCUCGGAAAUCUGUUGGGAAACAGCAUGAAGUUUACUGAACGUGGUUCGAUCACGAUUGGGGCACGUUGUGAUAACGAGACCAAAGAAGCUGUCACUUUGACCUUCUGGGUACAAGACACUGGGAUUGGUAUUCCGCCUCAGCAACUAUCGAAGCUCUUUAAGCCUUUCAGUCAGGCAGAUGCAAGCACAGCUAGAAAGUAUGGAGGCAGUGGCCUGUAUGUAAACUUUUCCUUUGUUCCCUUCUGUGAAAGCCCAUUCCUGGUAGUCGGGAGCAGGCUUGAUCCCUACUGAUUGCUACCAGCUCUUGAGCCAAUAAGGAAAAGUAUACUAAUUUGUUGCAGUGGUCUGAGUAUCUGCAAGUCGCUGAUCGAAUCAAUGAUGGGUGGAACCAUCCAUCUUGAAAGUGUUGAGAACGAAGGAACAAGAGCAUGGUUCACCGUUAGUUUUGAAAAGGGCCCUCAAACAUUCGACGGUCCUAGCCACCAUGAUCGGAACGGGGUCAUCCACCAAGGUAGUCCCGUAAGACAUGGUGAGCCAGAACGGCAAGAAGCAACCACUGCUUAUCCGGAGUCUUCCCAUAUUCCCCGAGAGGAACUUCGCAUUUGUGUGGCUGAAGACAACCAUAUCAAUCAGAAGAUUGCCAUUCAGUUCAUGGAAAAACUAGGUUACAAGCAUAUCGAUGCCUAUGAUAACGGGUUGGCGGCAGUGGAGGGGCUGAGAAAAAAGUCCAAGGAGAAUCAGCCAUAUCACAUCGUUCUUAUGGAUGUACAGAUGCCGGUUCUAGAUGGCUACGAGGCAACAAAGUUGCUCCGCAAAGACCCCCUUGAAGACGUUCGUGGUGUUUUGGUAAUUGCCAUGACUGCAAGUGCCAUUGCUGGGGACCGAGAAAAAUGCUUGGAAGCGGGAAUGAAUGAUUAUUUAGCCAAGCCUGUCCGAGUUGGCGUGUUGCAAAAAAAAUUAAAUCAACACCUCAAUCAGGUUUGUCUUUCCUCCCUCCUUACAUUCAAUGGCUAAUGAUAUUGUAGCCAGCCCUCGAGAUUCCCAACCUCCAAGCAGCAGCUAGACAGGUGGCCAGGAAAGUUCUGCAAAGCGAGGUCCUCGCGAGUCCCCCUUCUGAGUCAGAUGGAACCUCAACACCGACAACUGAGCGAUCCAACAGUAUUCCACCAACAAAUUCUAGUAAAUCAUCUAUCCCAAGCAGUUCUUCAAACCACAUCUCUUUUCCAGGAAGGCCGGAAGAUGGGCAACAUCGUGGGUCUGUGAUCAGGCGUGAUGAGGUGGCUCUGGACGGAGCCAAGACUGAAGGGCAUAACUCAAAACAAAUGUCUGUCUUCGACGACGAUGCUCCAAAGCCUCUUCCGAUGAGGGGCAGUCAGAGUAAGAGUGGAAAUUUGAAGCGGGACACCAAAUAGUUGAUAUCCCCCAUUUCACGUGAUGGCCGGUCUCAUUACUCAGGCGUACAAACAAUAUUAUGGCCCAACCGAAUUCAGCGGAUGGAGAAUCGGGUGUUCCCCUUGGGUGAGCUGGAUACUGGGCAAGUAAUACAAUCUGCUCCUUUUCUUUACGUGCCACUGUAAUAUUUUUUGAUGUCUUGUUUUCACCUCUUUUUUUCCCCCUCAACUUUUCUUUUUCCGGCUUUUCUGGGAAUACAAAGAAGGUUUGCAUGUUUUCUGGCUUUGCAUAAAGAAGGGAAAGAUAUAUGGUAUAGGUGUUGCAUUUUCUUCUUGGCUUUUCUUUGAGUGAGCGGAAUUUUUGGGAUGGAGUUUGGGAUAUUGGCGGUUGGGUAUGGUAUCGUGGAGGGAGUGAAGCGGUAGGCAGGAAAGGAAAAAAAGUGGCAGGGAAGGGGGAGGGAGAUGGGGAAGGGAAAGAGGUCAAGGGAGGGGUGUGUGUAGGUUUAGAUAAGGCGAUGUGAAUAGUAACAAGUAGAUGGU